AUGCUUCCACCGCCACGGACCGGCCCCGCGCUGAAUGUCAAGUGGAUCAUAAAGACGGCCCUCCCCAACAUGGACCGCGAGGUGAAGGAGCAGUACCAGGUGCGGAUCCAGGCCAAAGACAUGGGGGGCCAGCUGGGGGGCCUCGCCGGGACCACCGUGGUCAACAUCACACUCAGCGACGUCAACGACAACCCGCCACGCUUCUCCAAAAGUGAGUAG